CCUCUGUAUUCCCCAACUAUAUAACUGGGUUGUGUGCAAAGGCAGACAAGCGAGAGACCACAUACUUCCUGUGGAGUCACAGAGAGUGUCGCUGUGUAAACGUCCUGCUGUUGGUGAGAGCUACACGUGGACAAAAGAGAAAAUGGGCGGAGGACAGAGCUCCUCAUCUUCCUCCUCCUCCUCUUCACCCCCUUACUCUACCUAUGGAAACAUCGCAAGGGUGCCGGUUUACGGGGCUUCAAAGGAAACCGCGGGGCAGGACAAUCUCAGAUACCAUGGUUCAAAAGCAUCACAAACCAUGGCAGAGACUGACAGAGAAAGGAUGGAGAAGUACAGGACAAUAAUCUAUCGUGUGGCAGAGGACAACGACAUUCAUCCAGCCCUUAUUGCUGGCAUCAUCUCCAGAGAGUCCAGGGCUGGGAAAACUCUUUCUAAAGGCUGGGGAGACUGGGACUCAAAAAGAGGAGCAUAUAACGGCUGGGGACUGAUGCAGGUUGAUGUUAAUCCAAAAGGAGGUAACCACACUCCCAGAGGUGAAUGGGACAGUGAGGAACACCUCAGACAAGCCACUGACAUCUUGAUUUACUUUAUUGGAAGAAUCCGUAAAAAAUUUCCUCGAUGGAGCAAGGAGCACCAGCUGAAAGGAGCGAUCGCAGCCUACAAUAUGGGAGAUGGAAAUGUCCAUUCUUUUGAAGAUGUGGAUGAAAACACAACAGGGAAAGACUACUCCAAUGACGUGCUCAGCAGGGCUCUGUGGUACAAACGCAAUGGUUUUAGCGGUUAAGUGUUUCACAAAAUUCAAAAAAUGAUUGUUAUAAUUCACUGUUUUGUGUGAAAUGACAAAUGUAUUUUGGGUUUGAUGUGAAGAAUGGAUGUGAAAACAAUAAUAUUCACAGUGGCCCUGUUUACUACAUCAUUUACAUAGUACCAGUGAUGCACAAUAUUCAUUCUAGUAGACGGCUUGUAAUAUAGAGAUACAAUAUAAAGAAUUCCUAAUAUACCAAUCUGUAUUAAAGCUAUUUAACUAAAUUAACAAGUAAACAAGUACAUAGUUGAUUCAAUACUCCGAACGUGAAAGAAAUUGCUGUGUGAAUUACUCUGGAUUUGCCUAGAAAAACAGCAGUAGUUUUGAUGUCUACAGCUGAUGUUUGAGGUCUGAGGAAUCCAAAGCGAGUCAGCGGUACGUGCAAUGGCGUUCCUGGUGCUGCCGCAGGUCCACUUUGUGCUGGAAGCUGUACAUGCAGCGAGGGCAGCGGUGGGGCCGACAGUCCCUGUGUUUGCGGCUGUGGGUGAUGAGGUUGGAGCUCUGGCUGAAUGCCUUCCCACAUAUCUGACACACAUGGGGCUUCUCUCCUGGACAGAGAUCAUUUGAAUACACACAGAAAUCAAACAGAUGAGUGUACAAACAGAUACAUUUUCGGUUUUUCCUUAUUUAUUUAAUUAUGUAUGAUGAUUGAGAGUGAAAGGUUUCGAGCAGUAGCUCAGAAUUAUCAGGCGACAUAUUGGUCGAUCUCUGUGGAUUUCAAGUGCGCAGUGAACUCGUGACAGGUUAAAUCCAGCACUGUUCAAUUUUGUCACACCUUAGGCUCAUAGGUCACGUGACGUCCUGAGCUCUAUAGGUUAACCCUUAGAACACAGAGCAUUUAGGCUGCUCCGCCCCCUCCAUCACUGUAUUAAAACUUAUACACAGAGACUAUAAGAAUGUGCAAUGUAGAGUGUCAUAUAUCCUUUUUUUUUUCAAUCUACAGGUAAUUUUCAACAACUACUACAACUGAGUAAAAUGUACAGUAAAAAUCGGAUUGAAUUUGUGGUUAACAUUCCAUUUCUUUUUUUCUUUUUUGAUACACAACAUAAAAUGAAUCAUAACUUUGAGUCACUGCAGUCCUUUCAAAAAGGCUAUUUGAUUUUUGCCUUGCAUCCAGCCUCAGCACUAUGAUGCACAUUUUCUUGUAGACUGUUAUUAUUUGAGUCAGGGAUGGUUGUUCAGUUGUACUGAUAUAUUUUUAAAAUGGCCUCUUUUCUUUCUUUAACUCUGCAAUGUAUGGAACAUGAAACGUCAUUUCAUUCAAAGGACAUCAGCUGUGGUCAACAACCAGAGGGUGAACCAAAUAAACCCACCUGUGUGGAUGAAGGUGUGCUUCUUCAUGUCAGACUUCUGAUGGAAACUUUUGCCACAGUACUGACAGGGAUACGGCCGCGUGUCUGAAUGUAUGAGCAGAUGGGUCGUCAGGGUGGACGAGCGCUUGAACACUUUUCCGCACACCUCGCAGGCAAACAUUCUUUCCUGAAACAGCAGGCGCCAUCGUCAUACAUCACCAUACGUGUAUCCAGUCAUGACAUGAUAAUCCAGUGUGAGAAUAAAUGAGAUGCUCACCUUGCCCCGGCA